AUGGUACCUGACGUUCUAAAUUCAACUCAAGUGCAGAAUUGUUCAAACUGUUUGACGGGCUGUAACACACUAACGGGUUAUUGUGAAGGAUCCUGUACUUAUGGUUUCUUUGGCGACUCUUGCAACGAAACGUGUGUUCCCAACUGUUUCCGAUGUAACAGAACAUCAGGAGCAUGUGAACAUUGUAAAGAUGGGUUUUAUGGGGAAAAGUGUCAGUCAAACUGUUCUUCUACAUGUAUGUACGACUGUGAUCAGGAUGGAGUGUGUUUUGGAUGUCUGAGUGAAUAUUUUGGUCCUCAGUGCCAAUACGAAUGUUCCACAAACUGCUCUCUUGGUUGUCACCGUGAUACGGGUUCAUGUGCCUACGGAUGUGUCAAUGGUUUGUGGGGUGAUUUCUGUAACAACAGUUGUCCUGUUAACUGCGACUCCUCAUCAUGUCACCAAAGAAGUGGCUCUUGCUGGACCUGCAAAUCAGGAUUUGGCGGGAAUCAAUGCUCCACAAAAUGUACAGAUGAACACUGCUCGCUUUGUACGUAUGACGUCACUUCCUGUAGCAAGUGUCUGGAUGGCUGGUAUGGUACUCGUUGCGAGAAGAAUUGCCCCACAUCACACUGCCGAACAUUAUCUUGUGACAAAAAUUCUGGGAAAUGCGGUUCAUGCGAGAGUGGUUGGUUUGGAGAGUACUGUGAAAACAAGUGUAUUAAGAACUGCGAUCGUUGUUCCGACAUAACAACAUGUGAUGUUUGUAAAUCGGGGUUUUACGGGUACUUUUGUCAGCUUUCCUGUCCUAUAGAAUGUAAAGAUUGUGAAAGGGAUGGUAAAUGUAAAACUUGUUUAGAGGGUUUUAAAGGAAGAGACUGUAAGUGUGAAGUUUCGGAGUGUUCGAAUGUAACAAAUAACAGAUGUAGUCAAUGUAAAAACGAAACAUCGUGGUUUCUUUUUGAGGAUGCCUGUUGUCCUUGUAGUGAACACUGCAACCAUACUUCUGGUCAGGAAAUUUGUCACCCUGAAAAUGGAAAUUGUAUCACUGGUUGCCAAGAAGAAUAUAUAGGGGAUCAAUGCUUCGACACUUGUAGUGAAAACUGCCUCAAGGGAAACCAAAGCACCUGUAAUUAUACAACUGGAGUCUGUCAAAAUGGCUGUCUUCCAGGAUGGUUCAUGCCUAAAUGCGAUUUUAAUUGUUCGUAUAAUUUCCCACAUUGUCUGGAGUGCAAAGAGUAUAACUAUUCACCAGCAGACCACUUUGUCCAGUGUUACAGAUGUGGACCUGGGUUUUAUCGCGAUUUUCAAACCGGUUUCUGUAAAUCCUGUUAUAACUGUUUAAAUGAUUCUUGUGAUGGAGUUACCGGACUUUGUACCGACGGUUGUCAGGAUGGCUGGUACUCUCUGUCCGGUGUCCAUUACCAGUGUCAGUUUCGCUGUGGAGAAAACUGUCUAGAGCGGACGUGUAACAGCUCGGGUGGUCAGUGUUUGAAUGGCUGUAACUAUGGGUAUUACAGUUCAUAUUGUCAGAUAUCUUGUUCGAGUAACUGUAAGAAUAACACGUGUGACAAGGAGACUGGGAACUGCACACUCGGCUGUUCUCCGGGAGCGUACGGCUAUCAUUGUUAUAGUGUCUGUCAGUCACAUUGCAGCGUACUGGGAUGUGAUAAAGAGACAGGAAGAUGCCUUGAAUGCAAACCUGGUAGAUAUGGAGAAAAGUGUGAGAAGGAGUGUUCCGGAUGUUUACUGGGAGACUGUGACAGGACUACCGGAGAAUGCAGACAACACAAGUGCCACCCGAAAUUGUACGGUCCAUACUGUAAUACCACCUGUGUAGAAUCUUGUUUGAUUUGUGAUGAAAAGUCUGGACAUUGCAGCCAAUGUGUAACGAACCGAACCGGAAGUAAAUGCGAGAAAACGUGUGGGGAACGUUGUCUUCAUGGUAAUUGCGUUGAUGGCGCAUGCGCAGAUGGAUGCAUGAAUGGAUACUUUGGCAAAUUGUGUUCUGAUGCUUGUAACUCUACAUGCAAGUCUGAUAUUUGUGAUUUUAAGUCGGGGAUUUGCACAAAAGGAUGUAUUGAUGGGUGGGAUGGAGCAUUUUGUGAAGUUAAUCUGGCAGCGAAGACAAGGUCUGGUGAAUCCAAGAAGUCCAAAUACUCUACCGGGGAAAUAAUUCUAAUUGUGCUGGGGUCCAUAGCUGGAGUUAUCGUUAUUGUUGUAGUGAGCUGUUUACUGCACUGCAACAGAAGUCGCAGAGCAGAGAAUCUUGUGACGUAAUUGUAGUGCUAGACCGAGUCUGUGUAAGCCAACUAUAGUAUGACACUAGCAGAGGCCAUCAACCUCAGCGUGCAGGGUUCAUUCUCAACGCCAGGUGGUUAUUUCUGUUUCAAUAAAGGAUUGUUUUGAAAAGUCUCAAGUUUCAGUUUCACUGGA